AUGAGCAAAGAAUUGCGGGGCAUUGUCAAGGCUUGGGAAGCAAAGGUGAAGAAAUCACAAGCAGCUGUAAAAAACAGGGCAAAUAGCAUGUUCAGUACAAUGUCAGUGGCCCAUGUGGAUGAUGAUGAAACUCAUAACCCUGGAGAGAUUUAUCAUGUUGAGAAGGUAUUCUCCAAUGGGGAUGUGUAUAUAGGGCAGUGGGAAGACAACUGUCCUAAUGGCCAUGGCAAGUACUUGUGGGUUGAUGGUUGUAUGUAUGUUGGUGAUUGGUGCAAAGGCAAGGCAAUGGGGAAAGGCAAGUUUAGUUGGCCGUCCGGUGCGACUUAUGAGGGCCAAUUCAAGAAUGGGUACAUGAAUGGUGAGGGAAGCUAUACAGGUUCUUCAAAUGAUACAUAUAGAGGAACAUGGGUGAUGAACAUAAAGCAUGGUACGGGUACAAAGAAUUAUGCAAAUGGAGACUAUUAUGCUGGGGCGUGGCGUCGUGGGCAGCCUGAUGGUCAGGGGAGGUAUGUGUGGAACAAUGGGAACCAAUACAUUGGGCAUUGGAGGCUUGGGAGGACGAAUGGCAAUGGAACCAUGAUGUGGGCUAAUGGGAAUCGAUAUGAUGGUAGUUGGGAGGUUGGAUUGCCUAAAGGAAAUGGGACAUUCCGAUGGGCUGAUGGGAGUUUUUAUGUUGGUGUGUGGAGUAAGGCUGAGCAGAGUGGGACUUAUUAUCCCUCAACUUCACAAAUGGGUAAUUUUGACUGGGAUCCUGAGGAAGUAUUUUUGGACUUGAGAGAUUGUAGAAUUGCUGUAAGUGAGAAAGUAUUGGUAUUUCCUUCGCAGAAAAUGGUUAACUGGCCUUGCGAAGGGGAGUCAUUGGGGCGGAGAACUCCUAAAGUAAAUGAUGCAAGGCCAAGGAGAGCAUCUAUAGAUGGGAGGCUGAGCAAUGAUGGUAGCUAUAGUUUAAGCUCAGAAUCUGAUUUGAGUUCUGAAGUAUUUAGUGGAUAUUCAGGAUCUGGAAGAGAAUUAAAUGAAGGAUCAGGGGCUAAAGAAGUUGAUGCGUCGACAGUAUACCAGCCUCGUAUCAUAAUAAAGCCCACAAAAAGGCAGGGAAUUACAAUAUCUAAAGGGCAUAAGAACUAUGAGCUAAUGUUAAAUUUGCAGCUUGGAAUAAGGACUCUGAGAAAAUUGUUUAAGGUGGAUCCAGCUGACUACAUGAUAUCUAUAUGUGGAAAUGAUGCCCUUCGAGAGUUGUCAUCCCCUGGAAAAAGCGGAAGCUUCUUUUACUUGACCCAUGAUGACAAAUACAUGAUUAAAACUAUGAAGAAGUCAGAAGUAAAAGUGCUUAAGAGAAUGCUUCCAGCUUACUACAAUCAUAUACGGGCGUUCGAAAACACCCUGGUAACCAAAUUCUUUGGUCUUCAUUGUGUGAAGAUGACUGGACCUGCACAAAAGAAGGUGCGAUUUGUCAUUAUGGGAAACUUGUUCUGCACCGAAUAUGCUAUUCACCGACGUUUUGACUUGAAGGGUUCUUCCCAUGGCCGCUUAACUGAGAAGGUUGAAUCUGAGAUUGAGUCGACCACCACCCUCAAGGACCUUGAUCUUAAUUUUAUCUUCAGAUUGCAGAAGUCCUGGUUCCAAGAGUUUUGCCGGCAAGUGGACAGGGACUGUGAUUUUCUCGAACAGGAGAGAAUUAUGGAUUACAGUCUUUUGGUUGGUAUUCACUUCAGGGAAAUAUCACACACAGGGGAACCUGUAUCGACUGAGGCUAGUGUUUCCAAUGCCCAGACUCCUGUUGCGAACGUAGGGCGUGAAGGAGCAACUCCCAGACUAACUAGGGCAGAUUUGAAUAUUCUCUUUGACCCUACCAGGUGGGCAUCCGUUCGAUUAGGUUCAAAUAUGCUGGCAUCAGCUGAACUAACAGUGAGAAGAAAUGAUGGUGAGCCUCAGCUGGUUGGGGAUCCAACAGGGGAGUACUUUGAUGUCAUCCUAGUCUUCGGUAUAAUUGAUAUAUUACAAGAUUAUGACAUUAGCAAGAAGCUCGAACAUGCAUACAAGUCGUUCCAAUAUGACCCAACUUCAAUAUCUGCGGUCGAUCCCAGACAGUAUUCUAGGAGAUUCCGAAGUUUCAUUUUCAGAAUUUUUACAGAAGACACCUGA